AUGCUUCAAGAAAAACUUCCCGAUAACAUGUAUGUUGGUUUGGAGGUUCCUAGUAAACCUUCACCCAAUUGGACACGGUUCGUUUGCGUCAGCGAUACACAUAAUACGGUCAAUUCAGAAAACUUUCACUUACCCGACGGCGAUAUUCUACUUCACGCUGGAGACCUGACCAAGAAUGGUGCACUAAGUCAAAUAGAAUCAGCCGUUGACUGGCUCAAGGGCCUUCCACACGGUCGUAAAAUAGUUAUCGCAGGAAAUCAUGACACAUGCUUAGAUGAACCAUUUUAUCAGCAUAAUUGGCGGCGCUUCCAUACUCAAAAUCAAGAUUCGGUUAAAGCACUCGAAGUAAUUAGAAAUGCUGGUUGUGGAAUUGUAUAUUUAGAAGAUGAGUCAUUUACAAUUCCAGAGAACGGCUAUAAUGUAUAUGGAAGUCCGUAUUCACCAGAGUUUUUUAACUGGGCAUUUAAUGGAGACAGAGGUGAUUUUUUGAAAGAAAAAUGGUCAAGAAUACCAUCCACCACACAUAUUCUCAUGACACACGGACCACCAGUAAACAUAUUAGAUAGAGUUCGGAACGAAAAUGUAGGAUGUGUAGAUUUGUGGGAAAGAGUUAAAGAAAUCAAACCUUUAUUCCAUGUGUUCGGUCACAUACACGAAAGUUAUGGUGUGGUUGAAAAGAGAUGGGAGAACGGUCACGAAAACAAUGCGAAAUCAACUGUAUUCAUAAAUGCAUCAUCAUGUUCAUAUGAAUAUAAACCAGUGCACAAACCUAUUGUGUUUGAUCUACCUCCAUUGGAUUCUUCUGAAUAA